AUGGUGGCAGCGCUGGCAGUCCUGGUCAAAGAUGCCUUUAAGUUAACCCUGGGUCAGCCUCUUUGUGUUCGGGCCCCCCACGCUCUUGAGUCUCUCAUCAGACAGCCCCCGGAUCGGUGGCUCUCGAAUGCCCGGAUGACUCAUUACCAGGCUUUGCUCCUGGACACUGACCGCAUCCAGUUCGGACCCCCCGUCGCUCUCAAUCCUGCAACCCUGCUGCCCACCACAGAAGAACCUGACCCUCGGGAUGACCAUGACUGUCAUCGGGUUCUGGCCGAGGUUUUUGGCACCCGACCAGAUCUCAGCGAUAAGCCACUGGAGAAGGCAGAUUACACCUGGUACACAGACGGGAGCAGUUUCCUCGAAGGGGGUCAGCGCCGAGCUGGGGCGGCAGUCACCUCAGAGAGCAAGGUAAUAUGGGCAGAGCCUUUACCAGAGGGGACAUCGACGCAAAAGGCCGAGCUGGUGGCCCUGACGCAGGCCCUGCGGUUGGCAGAAGGUAAGAAGCUGAACGUAUAUACUGACAGCCGAUACGCCUUCGCUACGGCACACAUCCACGGAGAAAUUUAUAAAAGAAGGGGGCUCCUUACUUCAGGAGGAAAAGAAAUAAAGAACAAAGCUGAAAUCAUAGCGCUCCUAGAUGCUCUGUUCCUGCCAAAAGAACUCAGUAUUAUGCAUUGCCCGGGACAUCAGAAAGGAAACCAGCCAGAAGCAAAAGGAAACCGGCUGGCCGAUCAGACAGCCAGGGAGGCUGCCAUGAAGAGUCAAGUACUAACCACGAGAAUCGUCCCCGAACAAAAGAGAGACGAGGCCAUUAGAAGCUAUUCCCAGGAAGACAGAGAAUUACUUAAGAAAAUGGGAGCCCUCAGUGAUCCAGAGACUGGGUAUUGGGAAUAUCAGGGAAAGACAGUUCUACCUCAAAAAUCAGUAGAAGACCUCCUAGAUGAACUUCACAAAUGGACCCACCUAGGAGUCUCCAAAAUGAAAAAGCUGAUCGAGCGGGAAGAAACAAUCCAUUAUCUGCUAAACAAAGAUGCCAUCCUACAAAGAAUUGUUAAGAACUGUAAGGCCUGUGCCCAGGUAAACUGGGGCAAAAAUAAAGCUUCAGGAGGGGUCAGACAAAGAGGCCACAGGCCAGGAAUUCAUUGGGAAGUUGACUUCACCGAGGUCAAACCAGGAAUGUAUGGCUAUAAAUAUUUGUUAGUUUUCAUUGACACUUUUUCAGGAUGGCCAGAAGCCUACCCGACCAAGCAAGAAACUGCAAGGGUGGUAUCCAAGAAGCUAUUAGAUGACAUCUUUCCCCGAUUUGGGAUGCCUCAGGUAAUAGGGUCAGAUAACGGACCAGCCUUCGUCUCCCAGGUAAGUCAGAAGGUGGCCAGGUUACUGGGGAUUGAUUGGAAAUUACAUUGUGCUUACAGGCCCCAGAGUUCAGGUCAGGUAGAGCGAAUGAAUAGAACCAUUAAGGAGGCUCUAACUAAAUUCUCGCUAGCAACUGGCACUAAAGACUGGGUGACUCUACUGCCCUUGGCAUUAUACCGGGCCAGGAACACUCCUGGACCUAGUGGGUUGACCCCAUUUGAAAUCUUGUAUGGAACCCCCCCACCAGCAGUUUCUUUCCUGGACCCUGAUAUCUCUAACUUUGUUGAUUCACCUUCCCUCUUUGCUCACCUGAAGGCACUCCAGCUGGCUCACCAAGAGAUCUGGAAGCCUCUAGCUGCAGCCUAUCAGGAUGCUAUUGACACUCCUAUUGCACCCCACCCCUUCCAGCCCGGGGACGUUGUCUGGGUACGGAGGCAUCAGAGUCGGAGCCUAGAACCACGCUGGAAAGGACCCUACACCGUCCUGCUGACAACCCCUACCGCGCUCAAGGUAGACGGCAUCACUACUUGGGUCCACGCUUCACACGUCAAGGCCGCGAACCCAGAACACAGGGAACUACUCGGCAGGGAGAGAUGGCGGCUGACCCGGACGCCCAACCCCCUAAAGAUAAGACUGGUCAAAGAAAAAUAAUAAUCCUGUUACUCUGGGUAAAUCUAUUUACUUAUGAAUUUGCUCCCAGUGAUGGGAGCCCCCAUACAGCUGUGCCAACUACCUGGCAAGUAAUUAAUCAAAUGGGCAUUGUAGUAUUUGAGGUCCAAAAAGAGGCACCAAAAGACACAUGGUGGCCCAUAUUGUACCCAGAUUUGUGCAAAUUAGCUUUAGGGGUACAGGAGCCUUGGGACUUAGAAGGAACCCACGAUACUGAAAAGGCACCCAGCAUGGCGAGUCCUCCUGGGAGGCUGGGACUGGACCCAUGGGGAGGAUGCGGCCCUCCUGAACACCGGGCCAUGUUGCGUACCUUAACCUUUUAUGUCUGCCCAGGCUUUCACAGGGCUGUGUCUCUCAAUCCUAAGUGUGGAGGGGGGGGCAUUUCUUUUGCAAAAACUGGGGGUGCGAAACCACCGGAGAUACUUGGUGGAAUCCGUCCUCAUCAUGGGAUUACAUCACUGUAAAAGCAAAUUAUUCUCAUGGGACUUUUGAGGAGUGGAAAACUACUCAUAAACAGGCCUGUGAGGGAAAAUGGUGCCACCCCCUCUGCAUAGACUUUACAAGUAAAGGUAAAGUGUCAUCCCUAAAUUGGGACAAAGGAUAUACUUGGGGAAUUAGGUUAUAUAAAGAACGAGAAGAUGAUGGCCUCCUUUUUACGAUUAAAAGAGUUAUGUCUCCCCCACCUGCAGUAGCCAUAGGUCCCAACCCAGUCAUCAGUAACCAACAACCAGCUUCCCUUCCUUUACCUGCUUUGGUGCCCUCACAAACCCCAGAGACCAAUGACUCUGCCAGUCUACCUGACUCUGCCAGUCUGCCUCCCACCACAUACCCUGGAACAGGUGAC